ACUCCACGCUCUCUUCGUUUAUCGUAAUUCUCACUCCCAACUUCGACCAACUCAACUCAACUCAAAAACUCAAACCCACUUCUCUAUUUUUAUUUUCUAAAAAAAAAUAAAUAAAUAAUAGAAAGAAAAUAAAAGAACCGUUCAGAGUUUCAGUUCAGAGUUUGUUUCAAUUCAGUUGAAUGGUUGGUUCUAUUUGCGACCGCGGCGCCGUGAGAUGUUACCGGCGGGAAACGUGAUAAGACUAUCCCGGCACCGGACGGGAAGAUCUAAUUGACUGAGAAUACCAAAAUGGAAACUCAGAAGAGUCAAUCAAAGCUAACAAGAACACAAUCCUCGCUCCUCAGUUUCUCCCCAACCACAAUCCGAUCAUCCAUUCAAAGCCUUUCAUCAAUCAACGAUUACUACGAUGAAGAAGACGACAAAAACAACAAAAAGAAGACCAAGAAACCCCAAACCCAUACCCAGAGAUCCUCUUAUUACAAUUCAACUCCUCGAACCGGGUCGACCCGAUUAACCGCUCCAAUUAUCGCUGUUGUUUCGUUCGGUUUCCUCGGCGCGUGUUCUUUCUUCUUCUACUUCUCCUUCCUCGGGAGCAGCGACGAGGUGCCGACCUCGGAGAAUCUCUUACUAGCGUUGAUUUUCAUAGCCGUUGCGCUUUACUUCGCGUCGAAGAACAAAGGUUUAAUCAACCACGGAGUUUCGGUUCUGAAGAAUCGGUGGGAAGGGAACGUGAAACGGUUCGGGUUUACAAAAACCGAAUCGAAACCGGUCCAGUGGUUCAUCGGCGAUUCAACGAAAGAAAGUGUGAAAAAGAAGAGUGUGAGGGAAGGUGUUGAGUUUUACAGCAAUGGUGAUUUUUACGAAGGGGAGUUUCAUAAAGGAAGGAGUAAUGGGAGUGGUGUUUACAAUUACUUUGUGAAUGGAAGAUAUGAAGGUGAUUGGGUUGAUGGAAGAUAUGAUGGGUAUGGAAUUGAGAGUUGGGCUAGAGGGAGUCGUUAUAGAGGUCAGUAUAGGAAAGGAAUGAGAGAUGGUUAUGGUGUUUAUAGAUUCUAUACUGGUGAUUCUUAUGCUGGUGAAUGGUGUAAUGGUCAGAGUCAUGGUGUUGGUCUUCAAACUUGUUCUGAUGCUAGCACUUAUAUUGGUCACUUUAAACAUGGUGUUAAACAUGGUCUUGGUUGUUACCAUUUCAGAAAUGGAGAUAGAUAUGCAGGAGAGUAUUUUGGAGACAAAAUUCAUGGAUUUGGAGUCUAUCACUUUGCUAAUGGACAUUGUUAUGAAGGAGCAUGGCACGAGGGUCGCAGGCAAGGUCUAGGAUCGUAUACUUUUCGAAACGGUGAUCGAAGAUGUGGUGAAUGGGAUGCUGGAAAUCUCAAGCAUCCUUUGCCACAACUAACUGAUGUUGUCCUUAGAGCAAUUCAGGCUGCUAGGAAAACGGCUGAGAAUGCGAUAAACCUUAAGCGUGUCGAUGAUCAAGUUAACAAAGCAGUGAUCGCUGCUAACAAGGCCGCCACAGCUGCUAGAGUUGCUGCUGUGAAGGCUGUUCAGAACAGGAUGGAUGGAAAAUUUUGUGAUACUUUUGUCUAAGAGUUCAAUUUUAGCUUUUGUUUGCAAUUGUAAAUUCUUACUAAUUUUGAGUACUUGGAAAAAGAUGACAAACAACACCCUGAUGAGCAAAAGCUGAUUGGAGGUUGGAGAGAGUUUGCUUUUGAUGUUUGUUUUUACCACACUGUAACUUGUAUAUAAACCCUGUAAAUCAAUGAAAGAUGAUUUUUCUGCAUUUC